UCAACGAGGAAGAACUAAAGAAAAGAAUAGCUGAAGAAUUGGCUUUAGAACAAGCUAGACGAGAUGCCGAAGCUCAGAAAAGAUUGAAACAAAACCAAAUGUACAUUCAAGAUGAAGUCAGUAAAGUCCUUGAGCGAGAGAGAACUGUCUCCAGUGAGCAUUUGGCUAGAGCCAUUCUCAGAGAGAGAGCUGCAACUGAAGAUGAACACACGAAAUCACAGCUGCUGGCCAAGCAACUGGAAGAAAAGGAGAGAGAGCUGAAGAAGCAUGAGACUUAUUACAAGGAGCAGCUGGCCCGCCUGGAAGAGAGGAGCUCACAGUUCUACAAAGUCACCACGGAGCAAUACCAAAAAGCUGUGGAUGCAGUAGAAUCCCGGUUCAA